AUGUUUGAUUGCAACGGCGAAUCCCAGCAGCAGGUAGGGGAUGGAAUCUGGGCUGAACUCAGGGAGAAUGAAGACCAUAUAACACCUUGCCCCAAGGAUACGAAGGAUAGUAGAUCAAUCUGUGUUCGAGACCAGAAGAAGAAUGAUGAUGAAGCAGCUAGUGUUGUGGGCCUUACUGAAUGUACUUCAUGGGGUCAAACUGAACAUCCUGGUUUGGAAAAGCAGGCUGCCACUGAGGCUAGUGGACAUUAUUCAGCUACACAACUUGACAUAGAAUCCUGGCCUGACCUGCCUCUCCUGAGCACUACAUUUGAUAGAAACUACAAUGACGAUAAUAUAGCAUCAACAUAUUUGGAUUUCAAUUCUGCAUCUAGUACAAAAAGUUACCAGAAGCGUGUCAGCCCAUAUACAGUGCAGCUGGAUGGUGAACCUGAAAUGUUUGGCAAUGAGCAUGAAGAAAAGAGCAACAACUUUCUCGACUGUGACUGGGGCAAUAUUGGAGAUUUUGAUGAUUUUGACUACUUGUUUAGCAACACUGAAGCCUUAUUUGGAAAUGAGAUGGUUGUUAAUGGCAGUGAUUUCCUUGUUCCGAGUUCAGAUGUGGUUGACGGUACUGUACAAUCAAUCCCCUUUCCGCGUAUACCAUUAAAUAAGCAACCAUCUUCUGAUUGUGGAUCUUCUUCGGUUCUGAUUAAUUGUACUCCCAAUAAAAUAGCCAAACAAGAAAUCAAGGGAGAUGUAGAGAAGAGACCAAUGAAAUCACAAAGAAAACCAGAUGAAGGAAGCAAAAGUAAAACAUCCAACAAUACAAGUGGUUUCUCCCAGAACCAAGGACACCAGCAACCAGACAGUUUGCAUUCAUUAUCCGAACCUCCUGUCCAGCAUUUUCAGACUCGUCAAUAUGCACUGCUCCACGAUAGCAAGAAUAUGGAGCAAUUUCAAGAUGCUAUUCAGCUUGCAUUCCCUGGCUAUGGAUGUCCUGCAUAUCCGUGUCCUACCAUUCCGGCGGUGUCAAAUAUUCAGGCUGAAGGCCAUCAGACAAACCCAAAGGCUGCAUGUUACCAAACUUCAGUAGAUCCUCUGAAGCAAUCAAGUUCCACAGAAAAGCCACAAGAUAUGCCAUCAAGGGCACUGAUGAUGACACCCCAGGAAAAGAUUGAAAAGCUUAGGCGCCGGCAACAACAACAAGCCCUGAGAGCUAUUCAACAACAGCAGCAGCAAUUUCGUCAAGAGGGUUCGGGCAGGGACACUUUGGUACCUCGAGCAUACUCCCGAAAGAAGAACUCAGAUUCAUUAGGGAGUUCAGGUAUCAUAGACGAAAAUGCACCAGAGCAGACUUCAGCUUGUCGUAAAGAGAUUCAUAAGAAUUCUGGAAUUCCUAAUGAUCCCUUUAUAGAGGAAAAAAUAUAUUAUGAGCUUAAAGAUGCCCUUGGGAAGCUGGAUGCUAGAACUCGACUCUGCAUUCGAGACAGUCUGCUUCGAUUGGCUCAGAGUUCCUCGCAGAGACAAAUUGCUGGUGACAGAACUAGCAGUAACAAGACUAAAAGAGAUGAAGAUGAAGUUUCAGAAAAUGACUCAUCCAACAGGAGAAAAAGAUCUCUGGUGAAGGAAGCAGAAACAGACACCAAUCCAAUUGAUCGAAUUGUAGCCCAUUUGCUGUUUCAUAGACCAUGUUCGACGGUUGCAACACUUGCAAAGGGAGAAAUUGCAUCCUUGACUCUGAUGUCACUUGAAGCUGAUUCCAAGAUGCCUGGGGCCACGCCUGGGCGGCCAUCAGGAGAUCAACAGACUGCGCAGGAAAUGGCAAUUCAGCCUUCAGUGUAA